ACACAGAGCGAAAUAUUAAUUAAAAAUUACGUAUCUUUACGGUACUUCCGAAGUAGUUAUAGGAAAUUUUACGAAACUGUCACGUAAUUUUUUCUGAAAGUUCUGUAAUUUUUAUCUGAGUCAUCUGUGGAAAAUUACGAUACCAUCGGACAAAAUUUCCCAGUCGAUUCCGCAUAUAAUCGAUGAGAGAACUGUGAGGUUCGUAAUUUUUACUAAAUAUUUGUUUUCGAGCACAUGAGGUGCCUCAAUUCAUUCUCCCAACAUCAUUGUAAUUUAUAUUUACGUCGUAAUUGUUAUUGUUUUUGACUUCACUAGUUACCAGUCAUUUUUGGUUUCACGUCUUAUUUUUCCCGAAACAUUUGCAGGGGAAAAUUGGGAAAAUGUGGUCGAGGAAGAUAAGAUGGGCCGUCAUUUUUUUAUUACUUGAAUCCUUUCAUCUCAUUGACGUUUAAUGUGUCAUUAGUCACACAUGCGCACACAUGGGUGUGAUUUCAUUGAAGAAAAGACGAUUUUUUGUUUGUUUUAUUAGUUUUUCUUUUUUAAUGGAAACUAUUCAAUAAUGAAAAUGACAUUUUCAUGAUAAUGUCGUGGAAUCGCGCGUGCGUAAUGCCAACAACCAAGAAAUAUCUUAGAAUCUUAUGCGCGCGCCAUUAACCGAGAUGACGAUUUUAGACUAAAAAAGAUAGCUUUCAGGAGAGAAGAGCUGAGUUCCAACAUCAUUCGGAUCUUAUUUUCAUCGGGCUAGUUAAACUUCAUUCUGUAAUAUUAAAUUCGAAUGGCAAUAGUCAUCCACACAAUGACAGUUGUCAUCUAAAAUAAACGUCAGAAUAAUCAGAAGUGAGUGACGAUGAUCAACUUCGAUAAUAAUACUGGAAAACGACACUAUUUUUGAAGAUUGCAUGGAAUCCCGGAGGUAUCAACAUUUCGGUAUAAAUUUCGACCGUAUGAAAAUAUCGACCUGUACAAAUCGAAGACAUCGAGAAGGCAUUGUACCGACUAUCCUUAUCCUCGCAUAACUGACGUUCUAAAAAAUAAUAAUUCUCCAGCUGAUGAUGUCAAUCGAGUUUCACAAAAAAGGAAACCAAUGAAUAACAACGGCAUUUUGUGGGAGCCCAAUCAAAGUGAUCCACCAACCUUCAUUAGAAAACUCAGUGAUUUGGCUGUAAAAAUUGGCACAAGAGCACGACUCCUCAUUGAAGUUCAGAGCGCCUCGUGCCCGAAGGUAACAUGGCGCAGAAACGACGAACCAAUAGACUCUGGUUCGCACAUUACAUUUGUUCACGAAGGGAAUUUUUACUGCAUCGAUUUAUCACCAGUUACUAUCGAAGAUAAAGGCUAUUGGACAUGUACCGCUGAAAACACAACGGGUCGAUCGUCCUGCGGUUGUUUCCUGAACGUCCUCAUCCCCAAGGCCUAUAAGAAGCCCUACUUUACCGAAGAAUUGCGAGCCCUUCUGACCGAGGGUGGAAGUGUCUCUCUGGAAUGUAAAGUCCUUGGAGUUCCAACCCCAGUAUUAAAAUGGUUCAAAGAUGGGGAAGAAAUGAAAGCUGGUGAUAUUUUUGCAUUAACUGCAUCCCCUGAAGACUCUACAUCCCUCGGUAUUUACAGGUGUGAAGCUAUCAAUUGCAUGGGAACCGCCUCCUCUUCCUCCAAAGUCCACGUUGUCGGUUCAGAAGACGAUGAAAAAUCAAGUUUAUCAGUUAAAUCUUCUGGAGCAUUACCAAUAUUCAAGAAAUACCUGGAGAACAAGUCGUGUAAAAUCGGUGAAAAUGUUUUGCUGUCUUGCGAAAUUCAGGUGCCACCCUGGCCGAAAGACGUUACAUGGUACAACGAAAAUGGUCGUGUAGAACCUCUCGAUAAAUACCACAUCAUCGAAGAUGGAUUGGGAGUUUAUUCAGUCGAAAUUCGAGGAAUUGAAGCACUGGACAAAGGCGAAUGGAAAUGCGUUGCCACGAGCUUUGAAAAUGUCAAACAAUUGUCUGCAUGUUACAUCUCCAUGAUGAUUCCAAAAAAUUAUCGAAUUCCCCGAUUUAUGGAGGAUCUUCGAGCGAUUCUCACCGAUGAAGGUUUGGUAUCAUUCGAAUGCAAAGUUGUUGGAUUUCCAACGCCUGUACUGACGUGGUUCAAAGACGGUGAAGAGCUGAAACCAGGUGAUGUUUAUCAAUUAACAGGAACAAAUUCCCUGGGUUCUUACUGCUGCAUUGCAAAAAAUUGUAUGGGCGAAGCGAAGAGCACAGCUGAACUUACCAUCGAAGAUAUUGACAAGCAACUGAACGACGAAGAGCGUUUGCAACUGGUCAAGGAAUUCACUGAUGUCCCCAAAUUCAAGACAGGACUGAAAUGUUGUGAAGCAAGAAUUGACGAAAAUUUCACAUUCGCUGUUCGACUUGACGUGACAUUAUCACCAGAACCCACGAUAUUCUGGUACCGAAAUAACGAACUGAUAACGGAGGAUGUGAAGUACAAAUUGAUCCACAAUUCAUUGGGAAAUUUUCAUCUGGAAAUAAAUAAUUUGGAAUUUAUCGAUCAAGCCCAGUGGAAGUGUCUGGCAGAGAAUGAUUUUGGUCACAGUGUGUCAUCGUGUUUCCUGAAACUCAUCAUCCCAAGACACUUCAGAAAACCAAAGUACCUGGAAAAUCUCAAAGCUGUACUGUGUGACGAUGGAACUGUUAAUCUGGAGUGUAAAGUCAUUGGAGUUCCUCAGCCUGUCCUCACCUGGUACAAAGACGGUGUUGAACUCAAACCUGGAGACAUUCACAGAAUAAUAUCUGGUGGAGAUGGUACAUGUUGCUUAGGUACCUACACCUGUCGCGCCACAAAUUGCAUGGGAUCUGUGAGUAGUUCAGCAUCACUCGUUGGCAUCUCCAACGGUGAUAAAGACCUGCAAAAAGAAGAAAAUCAACUCGAAACGUCAGCGAAGAACGUGUCACUGUCGACUAUCCACGAGGAGAGAACUUCUCAAUUAUAUGACACUCCAAGAUCUGAUAAUUCAGUGACCUUGGAUGAUCAUGGAGAUAUCUCCUUCAGUUUAGAUGGAAAAGAAAUUUCCGUCAGCCUCUACGAGACUCCAGACCUAACCGAGGAAGACGCCAGACAAAUUGUAGAGAUGUACGCUGAUCAGUUGUCUGAGCACAUAACCGAAGGCGAUGUCAUAGAGCUUCCACCGAUGCGUUUCACCAGAGAAACAUCAACAACCAGAAAUCUCCUGAUGGAAGCAGUUGUCAUCGACGUUUCACCUGACUAUUUUGUUCCAAACGAAAGGUUUGAGGAUCUUCGUACUGAAGCUGAUGUUGAAAAUGUUUCAAUAAUGGAGGAUCCGUCCCAGAGCAACAGAUCAUCUUACUCGUCAGCAAUGGGUGGAGGACAAGCCCCUUCAAAACCGCUGAGGAAGAGGCACAAAUCAGUGGACAGUAAUUCAUCAAAGAGUGACCCCAGUGAAAAAAGUCAUCGCAAAUCGAUGAAAACUGAUUUAUCGGAUGAUUAUCACAGCGCAAAAGAGCCCUUAUCUCUGGAAGAGCAGUUCCUACUCGCCAAUGAAAGAAUCAGCCUCGACAGCGAAACAACUGGGGACUUCAAUGAAGCAUUGGAAGCAUCGAACUUGGAGUCGCUGAUAGCAGAUAUUACUGACAACGUUAUCGUUCCAGAGCCUUCCAGCGAUGUGUCUGAAAUUCUCUACAUUACACCGGAUUUGGAAAGAAUAAAUCUCGCACUGUCGACCCUGGAACAAGCAAUUCAACAACUCUUUCUCAUUAAAGAAAAUCAUGAUUCAAAGUUAUUUCUCAUUGCUGAUAAACUUGAAAUUAUUUACCAGCAUCUUCACCCAUUAAUUUCCAGUGAAAUUAUGAAAACCGAUGUUAACGAAUUUGUCGUUGCAACUCUAGCUGAUUCAUUGGAAAAUCUCGCCGAGAGAUCAGUAAGUUUCUGCUCGUCCUUGCUGACCAAUAAUUUAUUGAACGAUUUUCAAAAACUUCCGGACGACUUUGAAACAGAAAUAUCGAAAUUAGUCGUUCCGUUGCAGAUAUAUGAAAAUAUAUCACCGGAAAAAGUUGUUAUAGAAUAUCAUAGACAGUUGAUACAACACCUGAGUUUCAUCAUGAACGAUAUCUCUAAGACGUUGGAAAAACUGUCAAGUGAUAAUCCCCAGGAGGAAAUUUCGCAUUCAGUUCCUGACAAUGAAAAUGACAUUGAAGUAUUCGUUGAAAAUGAUCAAGAAUUUUCGCGAACGAUUGAGCAGGUGCCUCUCGUCUUAACCAGAAUACAUUUCGAAUUGUCUUCCAUCGUGGAAAGAGCAUCAAUUAAUCGUUUCUCAGAGAUUAAUGAAGUCGAGACUUUCCCAAAUUUCGUGGAUAGUAUCGAACAUUUACGACAAUCCAUUGGUGACAUUACAAUCGCUUUAACUGCGCCGAUACUUCAUGCUACUAAUGUAUCAGAAAAUAGCUAUAAUUACGUGGCAAAUGAAUUCGAAAAGUUGAUGGUUCCAUUGAGUGAUUUACAAAAAAACCUGUCAAAUCGAGAAUAUGAAUUGGAAGAAAUAUCUGUCCUGGUGGAUAUGACAACUCCCUUGAGGAAUUUGAAAGCUGUAAUUCAAAGUCUCAAUAAGACACAGAGGUCUGAGCUCAGAAUCAUCGAGUCAUUAGAGGCCCUAGAGAGAUGUAUAACUCAAGCUACUGCUGCUUCUGCUAAUGAAACUGUGAUUGACGAAUCUGACAAAACUGAACGGAUUUCGAUGAAAUUUGACAAACCGCGACCAGAAGCUGAAGAACUGACCGAAUCUGUUCAGAAUGUAAAUCAUAAAGCGAAGAUACAUUCAAAGACAGUCUUAAACUUGGCUACAGCUGAAACAUUACAGUUGUGGGGAUUAACAACUCUGGAAUCAUUAGAUGAUCUAGCCACUAUAUCAUCAUCGCUUCACACAUUAGCUGACGACCAAGGACAUCUCGUUCUCUGUCAGCGGUUAGAUGCACUUCUCCAACGAAUCGAUCUAGUAAAAUCACAGCUGAAUCAUCCACCUGAACAAUCAGUUGAGAAAAACGUUGACAGGAUCUGUGAAGGAUUUAUAUCGACAGCUGAGGACCUGCAGGAAUUAACAGAAAUGAUCAGGGAAAUUUGUGAGAGAGAAUCACCAAAAAAAUUGGUGAUGCAAAAUUGCAAACAAUUUCUUCAUUCAGCGUCUGAGUUAUGUGAACAAUAUAAAUACCUUCAACCAGCAGUAGCUGUAGACAUAGUAGAAACCUCUCCUGGAGAUCAAAAUUUGAGUAUGUCCCUUGUUGACAGGAUAACGGGGGUGAUAGAGUCCCUCCAAAACGCUAAUGAUUCUGUUAAAAUGAUUCUCAAUUCUCCGACACUGGAAGCAAUCAAGAAAGAUGAGAAACAGAUUGAAAAUGAUGAUAAUGAGGAGUUGAAUAGUCAUUCAUUGCGUCAAAAGCCUUCGCAAGUUGAGGAAAAUGUGUUUGUGUUAGAAGACUCACCGCAAGUGGUGGAUGGAUAUCCUCUAUGUUCAUCGAUCCUCCAAGUCAUCGAUCCCACUAGUCCUAUAGAGCGUGAAAUUUCAGCAGAUUUAACGCCUUCGAUUGAGGACAAAGUUAUACUUGAAGUGACUCACAAUGAAAGAUCAGAAAAAUCCUGUGAAUUAUUGCUACCUGAAUCGGCCGGCAAAAUCGAGGAAACAUCGGAGAAUAUGAAUAUUUCAGUGGGAGAUGUGGCGACCAAAUUAUUGCCGAUUGAAGCAUCUGGAGAUUCUCAAAUGUUGAAUAAUACAAUGGCAAAUUAUUCAUCAAAUUUCGGGGUUGAAGAAGCGAAAAUUUCAUCAGAUGUUGGUGGCGACAAAUCCGAGGUAUCAUUAAAAAACAGGAUUUCACAUAUUGUAGAGGAUGAGUUGGAUCGUCAAGGUAAAGUGGACUGGGCAUCCGCCGAUUUUAUUGAAGUUAUUCAGAAUGAAGUUUAUGCCGCAAUAUCAGUGAACUCCAACGCAGAUCAGGAACCAGUAUUGGAAGAGUUGAUUCGUGACAUCACUGUAAAAGAACUUCAGAAUAUUAGAUCAGAUGAGAAUGAGAGCGCCAGUGAUAAUGUUCAUAUUCCAGUCUCAUCCAUAUCUGAACAAGGAUUAGAUAAUGCUUCAUUAAAACCUGUGCAGGAUGUGCAAGAUCUUGAGUAUGUUCGUGAAGAAGGGGAAAGGAAAGAACAGACAAAGGGUAAAGACCUACACCAGUCCUUGUUGUCUGACUCGAUUGCUGAAGUUAUUGAUGAAUCAGAGACACUCAAGAAUUUAGAUGUACUGAAUAAUGAUGGAGAACAAUUAAUGGCCGUAGCUUCGAUCAGUCAGGAAGCAUCAGAAAAUCUCCAAACUGUAACUGACCCGACCAUCAAUGAUUCAGCAAAUUCCUCCCAAGACCUGGCAGAUAAUAAAGUUGUGGAUCAUUUAAAAUCAUGGAUAGGCGAUAAUAUUGUACGCAUUAUAGAUGAUGAAUUGAAUCGUCAAGGUCACGUGGACCGGGCAUCCGCCGAUUUUAUUGAAGUUAUUCAGAAUGAAGUUUAUGCCGCAAUAUCAGUAAACUCCAACGUAGAUCGCGAACCAGUAUUGGAAGAGUUGAUUCGUGACAUCACUGUAAAAGAACUUCAAAAUGUCAGAUCAGAUGAGAGUAAGAGCGUCAGUGACAAUGUUCGUAUGCCAGUCUCCUCCGCAUCUGAACAAGGAUUAGAAAAUGCUUCACUACAACCUGUGCAGGACGUGCAAGAUAUUGAGUGUGUCUGUGAAGAAGGGGUAAGGGAAGAACUGAUAAAAGCUGAAGAAACACACCAGUCCCUGUUGUCUGACUCUAUUGCUGAAAUUAUUGAUGAAUCAGAGACAAUUAAGAAUUUAGAUGUAAUGAAUGAUGAUAGAAAAAAAUUAACGGCCACAGCUUCGAUCAGUCCGGAAGCAUUAGAAAAUCCCCAAAUCGUAACUGAACCCAUUAUCAAUGAUUCAGUAAUUCGUACGCAAGAACUGGCACAUAAUAAAGUUGUAGAUCAUUUAAAAUCAUGGCUGGAUGAUAAUAUUGAACGCAUAAUAGAUGAUGAAUUGAAUCGUCAAGGUUACGUGGAUCAGGUAUCCGCCAAUUUUAUUGAAGUUAUUCAGAAUGAAGUUUAUGCCGCAAUAUCAGUGGACUCCAACGUAGAUCGCGAACCAGUAUUGGAAGAGAUGAUUCGUGAUAUCACAGUAAGAGCACUCCAAGCUAUUAGAUCAGAUGAGAAUAAGAGCGUCAGUGACAAUAUUCAUAUUCCAGUGUCAUCCACAUCUGAACAAGGAUUAGAUAAUCCUUUACUAAAACCUGCGCAAGACGUGCAAGAUAUUGAGUGUGUCAGUGAAGAAGGGGUAAGGGAAGAACAGACAAAAGCUGAAGAAAUACACCAGUCCCUGUUGUCUGACGCCAUUGCUGAAGUGAUUCAUGAAUCAGAGACAAUCGAGAAUUUGGAUAUGAUGAAUGAUGAUAGAAAAAAAUCAACGGCCACAGCUUCGAUCAGUCCGAAAGCAUUAGAAAAUGCUCAAAUCGUAACUGAACCCAUUAUCAAUGAUUCAGUAAUUCAGUCGCAAGAACUGGCAGAUAAUAACGUUGUUGAUCAUUUAAAAUCAUGGAUAGGCGAUAAUAUUGCACACAUUAUAAAUGAUCAAUUGAAUCGUCAAGGUCAAGUGGACCGGGCAUCCGUCAAUUUUAUUGAAGCUAUUCAGAAUGAAGUUUAUGCCACACUAUCAGUGAACUCCAACGUAGAUCGUGAACCACUAUUAGAAGAGUUGAUUCGUGAUGUCACAGUAAGAGCACUCCAAGCUAUUAAUUCAGAGAAGAAUGAGAGUAUCAGUGACAAUAUUCAUAUUCCAGUCUCAUCUGCAUCUGAACAAGGAUUAGAAAAUGCUUCACUAAAAGCUGUGCUGGACCUACAAGAUUUUGAGUAUGUUGGUGAAGAAGGGGAAAGGAAAGAACAGACAAAGGGUAAAGACCUACACCAGUCCUUGUUGUCUGACUCGAUUGCUGAAGUUAUUGAUGCAUCAGAGACAAUCGAGAAUUUAGAUGUGAUUAAUGAUGAUAGAGAACAAUUAAUGGCCGUAGCUUCGAUCAGUCAGGAAGCAUCAGAAAAUCUCCAAACUGUAACUGACCCGAUCAUCAAUGAUUCAGCAAAUUCCACCCAAGACUUGGCAGAUAAUAAAGUUGUGGGUCAUUUAAAAUCAUGGAUAGGCGAUAAUAUUGCACGCAUAAUAGAUGAUGAAUUGAAUCGUCAAGGUCACGUGGACCGGGCAUCCGUCAAUUUUAUUGAAGUUAUUCAGAAUGAAGUUUAUGCCACACUAUCAGUGAACUCCAACGUAGAUCGCGAACCACUAUUAGAAGAGUUGAUUCGUGAUAUCACAGUAAGAGCACUCCAAGCUAUUAAUUCAGAGAAGAAUGAGGGCAUCAGUGACAAUAUUCAUAUUCCAGUCUCAUCCGCAUCUCAACAAGGAUCAGAUAAUGCUUUACUAAAACCUGUGCAGGACGUACAAGAUAUGGAGUAUGUUGGUGAAGAAGGAAAGAGGAACGAACAGACAAAGGGUAAAGACCUCCACCAGUCCUUGUUGUCUGACUCGAUUGCUGAAGUUAUUGAUGCAUCAGAGACAAUCGAGAAUUUAGAUUUGAUGAAUGAUGACAUGAAAAAAUCAACGGCCAUAUCUUCGAUCAGCCCUGAAGCAUUAGAAAAUCUCCAAAUCGUAACUGAACCGAUUCUCAAUAAUUCAGUAAAUCCCACACAAGAAUUGGCAGAUAAUAAAGUUAUCGAACAUUUUAAAUCAUGGUUGGACGAUAAUAUUGCACGCAUUAUGGAUGAUGAAUUGGAUCGUCAAGGGGCACGAGAGUUUCAAUCAGUUGAUGCUAUCCAACACAUUCACGAAAAAGUCAAUAUCAUUAUUUCGCAAAGCUCUAACAUGAAUGAAUCAAUAUUGGAAGAGCUGAUUCGUGAUGUCACCGUGGAAUAUCUCCAAACUAUUAAAUUAGGAAGAAAGGAAAUGCCCAUUAAUGAUGAGGCUCGCAUGCCGUCCAUACCUGUACCUAAAGAAAAAUAUUCAGAUGAUGUGUUGAUGGAACCGUUACAAACAGAAUCAGUUCAAUCACUCGAUAAAGAAGGGCCUGCAGAACACUUUUAUGAUGAAACUGAGAAAACAAAAGAUCAAUCGAUCCACGAAACAUUUAUCAUUGAUCAGCCAACCCAAGAUUUUGAAAUUAUAAACAAAUUGGCAGAGAAUAGUUCAUCAAAUGCUGAACUCGACCAGGUAAUUUCACCUCCAGUUGUACUGGAAGGUGAUGCAGGACAAGACAAAUGUCCGGAUGAUUCUCAACUAUUGUUAGACAGUCCCAUUACUCCAAUUACAGGAAUUUCAGAAAAAAAGGAAAAUACAGAUGACAAUUUCAAUAUUUCAUCUUCGCCCUCAAGUGAUAAAGGAGAAAAAGAUGAUAAUGUUCCCCAGCCGUUGGAAACUGCACAGAAUAUAAUUUAUCCUGAUAAGGAAGAGCUCCAGAAAACGAAAAUCGAUAAAUCACUCGCAACGGGAGAAGAGAAAAAGGCGAACGAAUUAUAUGAAUCAUUAUCGGUUAAUGAAUCUGAAGCUAUUGAUAACGGUGUCACCAUCGAUCACGUGACAGAAUCAACAAAGGAAGAGGUUGCUGCAGAAAAAUUAGCUGAUGUAGCACCUUUGGAUGAACUAAAUGCAAAAAAGAAGUUGAAUGACGAUGUGGAAAGUUGCGAAACAGGAUUAAUAACUGGUGUUGAAGACAUUAUAAAAGACGAAUUGGAUCGUCAGGGAGCACUGGAAUAUUUAUCGGUUGAUUUCAUCAGACUCGUUGAGGACAAAGUUCAGUCGACCACAUCGAGAAAUCGCAGCAAAGACAAUCAGCCCCUAAUGGAAGAGCUAGUGCGUGAUAUAACAGUAGAAGAACUCCAAUCCAUCAAAUUACUUGAACCUAAAACUGAAAAUAAGACAGUCAAUAAUGAAUCCCUAUCAUUACCUGAAGAUGCAACAGUUAAUGAUAUCACCCCCUCCUUCAAAUCCAAAGAAUUGGAGGCAGAACGUCCAUUGGAUGUGUCAGGCAGUGAAUCCAAGGGUGACAAGAUUAUAGACGGUUCUGAGUUUAACAUUAAGACACUUGAAGAUCAUGAAAAGGAUCCGGAUAGUGAAAAAAUCAGCUCCAUCCCUAAAAACAAUAAUUUAAACGAAGAAAUCAGAAAAUUAAUAUCAAUGGAAUUACGAAAUGCCGUUGUGAGUUGGACUGAGGAGAAAAGAUUAAUUAAUGACAUCAAAGAUAACAUUGAAAACAGUAAUCUUUUAAUAUCGAAUGACCAAAUUUCCCUCGAAGAUAUUGAAUCGUCGAUUCAAAGUGAAUUUGAGAACCAGCUAAUGAGUAUUUUUGGAGAGGACAACUGUCUUCAGCAAAAAAGGGAUUACAAGUCUGAAACAACAAGUGAUAUAAUAGUCGAGAAGAGAAUCAAAGCGUUAGUUGCUGCUGCAUUCGAAAGAAUCCUGGGCGAGUCAGUGAACCAAGAAGUCUUAAUUGAGACUAUAAAAUGUAAGACAAAAGAACUCAUGAAAAACGAUGCAAAGUUUUCCGAACAGGCAAUAUCUGAUAGGAAUAUGGAACAACUCAUCGCAGCUGAAUUGGAACUGCGGAGGGGUGAGAUUCCUGAGCACAAUCGUAAUGUAGAACUGCAACAAGUCUCGCUAAUGGAACUUUCCGUCGAUGCCUGCAAUGAAAAUUUAGCAAUUGAUUUGGUUGAAUGCAAUGUAGAACUUGAAGUCUGUAAAAUACUUCAAGAUGAUCAGCAUGAGGGACCGGUUGGUGUCAUAAACCAAGUGAAGAUAUUGAAGAAGCCAUCAAUCUCCGACUGGGAAUUUCCAGACCACAGCCUCAACGAACUAGAUCCAAUGGAAUCAGGCAUUCAAGUAGGUGAUGCGGCUGGACCGCAUGAUCACGAGGAGCACCAAAGCAUGAGAUCCAUCGCAGGAACGACGGAGAGCGGGGAAGCCAUUGAGCCACUAAUAACAUCUGAGCAGGAAAGAGCAUCUGCUGAAACGAUUGAAGUAGAGUCACACAUAGAUCCUCUGAAGCCAUCUGCUGUCCAACCAACGUUUCUACAAACUUCAGAAUCUUCGAGGCAACAUUUAGCUGAAGAAAGCACUCAAGAAGUCGAAGUUGCUGAAAUAGAAAAAAAUAAAGCAGAAAUUAGAACGAGUGAGACUUCGCUGAAUUCAGGACCAGGAUUGACAGGAGAUAUUUCUAAUAUGAAGACCAUAGUCCUAGGACAGCCUACUACAGGAGACCUUGAGCAUAUGUGGGAAAUCCCAAGAGACACAGUGAGUCCUGAACCAUUGGAUCAUCAGACUGCAGUUGUUAAUGACAACGAGGAUCUGGAGGCUUUAUCCCAACAUCAAAACAUGAGACCGACGGUGGUAACAACGGACAGUACUAUUGGAGAGGUCAUUGAGCCACUCAUAAUAUCAGAACAAGAAAGAGUAUCUGCUGAGACGAUUGAAGUAGAGCCCCACAUAGAUCCUCUCAAGCCAAGCACAGUCCAGCCAAUGAUUCUCCAAAACCCAACAUCUUUGAGUCAACAUUUGGCUGAAGAAAACACUGAAGAACUCGAAAUUUCUGAAUUACAAAAACAUAAAGCUGAACUUAUAACGAGUGCGACUUCGCUGAAUGCAGAACCCGGAUUGACAGGAGGCAUUUCCAAUACGAAGGUCAUAGUUCUAGGACAGCCUACAACAGGAGACAUUGAGCAUACGUGGGAAAUCCCAAAAGACACAGUGAGUACUGAAGCAUUGGAUCAUCACACUGCAGUGGUUAAUGACAACGAUGACCUGGAGACUUUAUCCCAACAUCAAAACAUGAGACCGACCACAGUAACGACCGACAGCGCUUUUGGAGAAGGCAUUGAGCCACUGAUAAUAUCUGAUCAAAAGAGAGCAUCUGCUGAAGCGAUUGAAGUGGAGCCACACCUAGACUCUCUCAAGUCAGGCACCACCCAACCAAUGAUUCUCCAAAACUCAGUACCUUUGAGCCAGCAUUUGUCUGAAGAAAACAUUCAGGAAUUCGAAAUUUCUGAAUUACAAAAACAUAAAGCAGAAAUUAUAACAAGUGAAAGUCCGUUGGAUUCAGAAAAAAAAUUCACAGAAGACAUUUCCAAUUUGAAGGCCGUAGUCCUAGGACAGCCUAUUACAGGAGACCUUGAGCACGUGUGGGAAAUCCCAAAAGACACAGUAAGUCCUGAAACAUUGGAUCAUCAGACUGCAGUUGUUACUGACAACGUUGACCUGCAGACUUCAUCACAUCAAAACAUGAGACCGACGGUGGUAACAACGGACAGUGCUGUUGGAGAGGCCAUUGAGCCCCUCAUAAUAUCAGAACAAAAAAGAGCAUCUGCUGAGGCGAUUGAAGUAGAGCCCCACAUAGAUCCUCUCAAGCCAAGCACAGUCCAGCCAAUGAUUCUACAAAACCCAACAUCUUUGAGUCAACAUUUGGCUGAAGAAAACACUCAAGAACUCGAAAUUUCUGAAUUACAAAAACAUAAAGCCGAACUUAUAACGAGUCUGACUUCGCUCAAUGCAGAACCAGGAUUGACAGAAAGUAUUUCCAAUAUAAAGACCACAAUCCUAGCACAACCCAGUGCCAGCAACAUCGAAUAUCUCUGGGAAAUCCCAAAUGAUAGAGUGACCUCUGAAGCACUGGAUCAUCAUACUGCAGUGGUUAAUGACGACGAUGUCUUGCAGGCUCCAUCACACCAUCAACACCAAAUUUUUCAUUGUCCGCAAGUGUGUGACGAGAUCCUUUCCAAUGAAUCUACUCAGAACAUCACUGAAAGCGAUCCCAUAACUUCAAACGUAGCAGUGAAAGAUAUCGAUUCUUUAAUUACGGCAUCACAACAUCAGGUCAACGUGCAGAUCUGUCCUCCUGAGCUGAUGAAAGAUGAAGUCCCUAAACCUACUGAUUCAAAUCUAUCUGAAAUAAAUGAUCCGAAUCAUAAGGGAAAAGUUGCUGACGAAGAAGAUGGAAAAUUGCAAAUUGCAGACUCUGGUGCCUGCGCUGGAAUAUCUGAAAAAUGGGUUCGAGAUGUUAUUUUAGGGGAGUUUAAUGAAGGAAAAAUAGGACCUAUUAUUACUAUGGCACAUAUCAAUGCCUUUGUAGAGGAUAUCUAUACAAACCUUCAUGGACAAUCAGAAGAAUUUCCUCCACAAAACGUGCUAGAAGAUGCUCAGAAGUUGGUGUUGCAGAGACUAGAUGAAUUGGUAACGAGAGAAAUUAGUUCAGUAACAACAAGUAAGUCCCAAGAAACGUUAGAAUGUGUGCGAGAUGACUCAGUCAAUCCACAUGUCGAUGAUGAAAAAAUAAAAAAACCGACUGAUGAGGAGACAAGAAGCAAAACGAUACCGAGUGAAGAAGUGGUUGAAAAUUCACAAAAUCAUCAAACAAAGAAAGUAGAUAAAAUUGAAGAAAAACGUCAGAAAAAACAAAAAGAAUGUAAACAACAAUCAAAUUCUGAGCAAGAAAAGUCUCCAAAUAACACAUCAAUGGAAUCAAUGACUAAUGAAUCGUCGAAAAAACCAGUAGAAGACUCAAGCAAGUGCUCAAAACUCAACGAACAAUUGACAAUCAGAGAUACCACACUUGAUACAGAGACAAAAACUGCAGAUUCAAAAAACAAAAUGGAAGAUGUGAUGGAAAAGCAUGAUAAGGCUUCAAAAGAUAGUUCUAAAAGUAGUAAUCAACAUCUGAUGAAGAAUAAAAAACGAGAUUCUACGAGAGAAAAAAAUCGAAUCCAGACAGAUGUAAAUGACAAUCAACCGGCCAGAGACGAACAGAUUUCCACUACUUCAUACGAUAACGAGUCAGAUGUAAAGGGACGACAUCGAGAGACAGUGCAGAAGGACUAUCCGUCAUCAUCUGCUGAACAACAAAUUUUAGAUAGAAAUAAAAACAUGAAAAUAAUUGGUCAGAAUGAAUCCAAAGAAACAAAGGAAAUACCUGAUAAAAAUGCUGGAGUGAUAGGGAAACCCAUAAGGAAUCAAAUCCAUGAUUCAAGAGCACCAGAUUCUCUGGAACACAGUCACAAGAUUAGACCUGGAGCUACACCGCCAGACGCAUUUGAUAUAAAAUCCUAUCACGAGAGCCCAGGCUGGCAAUCAGAUUUUACAGAGAACAGCUUGACUAUAAACUCUGAAGCAUCAGAAUCUUCAGCAAAGACUACACAACUGGACGAAUUGAAGGAGUCAGACACUUCGAGCUUGCUACCAUCAAUAUCAAUCGACAGCGACUUCACGACGACUGGUCGAUCUCAUCAUUUUAACCUCUCGGAAAAAACAUUAGAUCGAUACCAGCGUUCUGAUGCGUCGAGAGAAUAUUUCCCCGGUCCACGACACAAAGGAAAAAAACCUACAUUUUGUAUGAAAUUGAUAGAUCGCACUGCAGCUGCAGAAUCACGAAUAAAAUUGACUUGUACAGUCCUUGGCGAUCCUGAUCCUUUCAUAUUGUGGAUGCAGAAUAGCCGAGAACUAUUUCAACCGAGUAAUCGAUAUUGCAUAACGAACGACAAUGGCGUAGUAUCCUUAGAAAUUUAUUCCGUUAAACUUCAAGAUUCUGGAGAAUAUACCUGUAUUGCUAAAAAUGUUCACGGUGAAGCCCACACUGAAGCUAAAUUGAAAGUUUAUGCUGGAUAUGAAUCUACGCAGUUGAUGCCCAUUUUCACAAGGUCGAUGAAAGAUAUAUUCACACCGGGCGACGACAGACUCGUUCUGGAAUGCAGGGUGAGAGCUCAACCUCCACCAGUGAUAACGUGGCUGAAAGAUGGAAAAGUUAUUGACAUGGGCAACAGGUACAGACAAAGUGAUCUACCAGAGGGAAUUUGUCGGUUAGAAAUAUCCAAUCCGGAUGAUUAUGAUAAUGGCAUGUACACCUGCAGGGCAGAGAAUAAAUCAGGAUUCACUGAAUGUAAUUAUCCUUUCACAUGUCACGAAAAUGCAGUGACGUUGAAUUCCUGCGGAACGAGUAUUGAAACCCGUAGAAAAAGACAUAACCUAACUACUGAUAUGCAUUCCACUAUGGAUUAUGAUAUGUAUUCAUCCAUACCCUUUGAUUCAUUUGAUUUUGAGCGUUCACUGCAUACUCACCGAGGAGAUAAGACGUUUGGUAAUGUUGAAUGUGGAAAUGUCAAAUUUGACGGAGGAUACGUAUACUUGAAAGAAAAUGGAAAGCCAGCAAUAUUUAUAUCUCGUCCUGUUGACAAAUUAAUUAAUGCUUGCGUUGGGGAAGAUGUCAGUUUAUCAUUCAGAGUGGGUGGAGUCCCCAAGCCAAAAGUGAUUUUGAUGAAGGGGUUGGUAGACAUCACCAACGGCUCGAGAUCAUAUAAAGAAAGCCACGAUGAUUAUGUUAGGAUUACAUUCAAGAGGAUUGAGGAUCUGGACGAAGGAACAUACUGUAUUCUCGUUAAAAAUCGUUACGGCUACGAUCGUAGCUUUUUCACAAUUAGGGUCAGACAACGUGCAAGAUCAUUGACACCAGCAAGAUCAACAGAAUGGAGCUUCGAGAAUACGAACAAGUACCUGAAUUAUAGUCACGAGCCAAAGCUAUCGGAUAUGAAAUUCGUACCGGGUCCUAUCUCUAGUGAACCCGUAGUGAUUGACGGUGGUAAUAGCUGGUUGGCUUUGUCCUGGGAUAAACCUGAACAACGAGGACAAGCACCAAUCGUUGCUUAUCGAGUUGAUGCAUGGUUACUUGGUGGUGACGGUGGAGCCCAAUGGACUGAGCUCGGAGUAACAUCAACUAAUUCGUUCGAUGCCUUCAAUCUGUGCUCGGGCGAAGAAUAUAAAUUCAGAAUUACACCGAGAAAUCGUUAUGGAUGGGGAGAAUCCGUAACUAUGACGAAUUCCGUCACUGUAAGGAAGAUGACGGAAUUUCCAGAAUUUUCAAAAAUAUUACCAGGUCAAUUAAAAGCCCUCAAAGGCACGACAUUGCAACUAGAUUGCGAGAUUAAUAAUCAUAAAUCAUCGCCGUACAUACGAUGGUACAAGGACUGCGCUGAACUCGAUGUAACCCAGAAUUCAAGAUUCAUCGUUCAAAAUGUCGAUUCAAAAUGCUCUUUGUCGAUUCUCGAUGUGAGAGAAAGUGAUUCGGGCAGAUAUGUCUGUGAUGCAACAAACGUUGCUGGAAGAGUAUCAACUUUUGCGAAGGUCCAAGUCGUUACUGAUCCAAAGAUUGCUGGUGCUGAUCUGGAAUUACGAACCAUGAGAGCAAUCGGUAGCAUUACUGAUAACAGACCCCCAGAAUUUACAAUGCGACUGCGAGACAGACGUGUCCAAGCAACGUAUCCUGUGAGAUUAACAUGUCAAGUUGAUGGUAAUCCAGAGCCGACAAUUACUUGGUUCAAGGACGAGGAAAAAAUUGACAUUGAAGUGGAAAAUAUGAGUAUAUCAAAAGAUGACGGCCAUUUUCACACUUUGGAAAUAAGUCGUUCAAAAAUUGAUAAUACCGGUAUUUAUAUGGUAAGAGCGGAAAAUGCCUACGGAUGUUUAUCAUGUCGAUGUCAUCUUGUUGUCGAUGAAGGCAUAAAGGCAUAUCUUGAACCAAAAUUUUCACGCUCUCUGGAUUCAAUCUACACUGUCAUUCAAAAUGAUGAACUUCGAAUGACAGCGCAAAUAAAGGCUUAUCCCGCUGUCGGUAUUACUUGGUACCGGAAUGGACGGCGUCUUCGUCCCAAUCGAAAUACAGUGAUGUCAUUGCAUUGUGAUGGUACCGUAGAAUUGACUUUGGCUCAUAUAUCCCACAAGGAUGCCGGUACUUACUGCUGCAUAGCGACAAAUGAAGUGGGACGAGCUGAUAGUAAAACUGUAGUAAACGUUACAGCCAACGAUGAUGACGUUGAUAAUUCCCAUCGAUUAUCGAUGGAAACUGGACAAUCUUCAAGCAUACCGUAUUCCAAAGAGCCCGUUUUUAUCACAAAACCGCUGUCCACGGAGGCUUAUGAGGGCGAUAAUAUUAUCAUUCUUUGUCAAGUUAUAGGUGAUCCUAAACCAGAUGUGUUCUGGCUUCGCGAUUUUUUGAGGCCUGGUUAUUAUAAAGACGCCCCCCACUUCCGACCGAUGGGUCUAGGCCCCCAAUAUCAGCUUGAGAUUCCAUACGCCAAGUUGGAUUUCACAGGAACUUACUCAGUUAUUGCUAAAAAUUGUUUUGGAGAAGCUAAAGCUGUAAUAUCUCUUCAAAUUUAUGCGAGAGAUCCAGAAAGUGGACAAGAGAUUAAUAGGGAGCACACAGUAAAAUUAAGUGAAAUCCAAACGUUGCCAGUAAUUGAGAGCCCGCUGAGGAAUAUUCGAUGUUGCGAUGGAGAUGCUGUUACGUUCAUUUGUAAAGUCGAUGCUACUCCACCUCCACAUAUUCGAUGGGAAAAAGGAAAUAAGUUAGUGGCACUGCAAGACGAUAUAAGUUUUAAUUUCGAGAAUGGAACGGCACAAUUGCACAUACAACACGUUUAUCCAGAAGACGAAGGCGAAUACGUUUGUGUAGCUUACAACGAUCUGGGAAGUGCUUCCACCUCAGCCUGCCUGAUAGUCGAUGUGCCUGAAGGUAAAGAAAUAUCUAUUCACCAGAGAUUGAAGAAGCCAAUUCAUUUGCUCUCUCCAAAUGCAACGCCUGUUUCAACUCCAAGGUCAACGCCAAUACGGAGCCUAUCGCCGCUGUGCGUCAUACGAUCACCAACACAGAGAACUGAACGACGUCCGAGAAUACCUUCUGCGCCAAAAUUCUAUGCCAUACCCCACAAUCGUGUUGCUGAAGAAGGAGAAACUGUUAGAUUCCAAUGCGCCGUCACAGGACAUCCAAUACCUCGCGCAAGUUGGGACAAAGAUGGAAUGACUCUUGUAUCAUCUACCAAAGUCUCGGUCAGAGAGAAAGAUGAUCUGAGAAUUUUGGAAAUUAUGCAAAUUACGUGUGAAGACGCUGGCCUUUAUCGAAUAACAUUAGAAAAUGAACUGGGUAGAGUAGAAGCAACUGCGCGACUCGAAGUGAUAAGAGGAAAACAGGGAUCAUCAUCAAGGGGAAUCACACAAACUUCUCCGAUACUCAUGCAUUUAACUAAAGAAUUUCCACAAAAUGAUGGGGCAUUGAAUCCAGAGGUCAGGGAAGAAUUCCAUCCUGACGAGGGUGAGAAACAAAGCCCUCGCGUUAUCUCAUCAGCACGUGUCCCUGCAACCAUCAAAGUUCAUCUUAUUGUGAUUUUAUUGGGCUAUAAUGGCUGUCCAGGAGAGAUGAUCCAGCUACUCCAUAAAGAUGAAGAAAUGAUGCUGAAUAAUCACAUGAAAAUUCAAAGAAUAAUUCUGGAAGAAGCAGCUGAAAGUCGUCUAAAAUGUAGAAAUACUCGUGCAAAAGAUUCAGAAAGUGUGAUAAGAUCUGGGGACAUAGCAUCAGUGAGUGGUGAAUCGAGAGUGUACAGCUGUGAUUUUCUAGUUUUUAUUUUUAUAUCGAAGACUGAAAAUAUCACAGACAGAAUGGAAAAUUCAUCGGUAAAAAUCGACGGGACUGACGAGGAAGAUCUAAAUGAAAUAUCAGAAUCUCCCAUCGUUGAAAUUAUGCCGAGAUAUCUGUUCGACGCCUACUUCGAAACCCUCGAGGAAAUUGGUAAAGGUCGAUAUGGCGUUGUUCGAAAAGUAAUCGACAAAACAACGAAAAAACAUCGAGCGGCAAAGUUCAUUCGGACAAUUAAAUCCAAAGAUCGCCAACAAGUGCUGAAGGAAAUUGAUAUUAUGAACGCAAUGGACCAUCCUAAGCUCUUGCGGUUGAUAACCGCCUUCGAAGGUUCCAAAGAAAUGGUUAUGGUCAUGGAAUAUAUCACGGGAGGAGAGCUAUUCGAGAGGGUUGCAGCAGAUGAUUUCACAUUAACAGAAAGAGAUGGUGUACUUUUUGUUAAACAAAUUUGCGAGGCAGUCGCUUAUAUGCACGAUAAACACAUUGUUCACAUGGAUUUGAAGCCAGAAAAUAUAAUGUGCCAAUCUCGCACCUGCCAUCGAAUUAAAUUGAUCGACUUCGGUUUGGCUCAAACACUUACCCCAAAUACACCAAUACGAGUAUUGUUUGGAACUCCAGAAUUUGUGUCACCGGAAAUCAUCAGUUUUGAACCGAUUGGGCCAGAGUCAGACAUGUGGAGCAUCGGAGUCAUUUGUUAUGUACUAUUGACAGGAUUAUCCCCUUUCAUGGGUGACAGUGAUGCUGAGACAUUCGUCAAUAUAACGGGUGCUGAUUAUGAUUUCGAUGAUGAAGCCUUCAGUGCAAUUUCCGAAGAAGCCAUUGACUUUAUCAGUUCGCUUUUGAUUAAGAAAAAAGAAUUAAGAAUGUCAGCGAAGAGUUGUCUAACGCAUCCUUGGCUGACGCAGUGCGCCGAGAAGAUGAGCCAAGUAGUGUUAUCCACAGAUAAAUUGAAAAAUUUUAUUAUCAGACGAAAGUGGCAGAAGACUGGCAAUGCUAUUCGUGCUUUGGGCCGAAUGGCGAAUCUUUCAGCUAAAAGUCGGAGAAAUAUAUCGAGCGACGAGGUCUCUGGAAAGAUCGAUAAUCUGACAUCAAACGAAAAUCCUGAUUCGCCCGAGUUAAUGUCAUACUAUCCCAAAAAUCACUACUCCCCGGAGAUAAUCAUCGAUGAAAAAUCAUUGACACUGAAUGAUUCAAGUCUUGAAGAAAAUUUCAACUCGAAUGCCACCGACGAGAGAACUUCAUUUCCACAGGAAAAAUGGAAAGAGGAAACGAAACAGGAAAUAUUUGGUGACAGAGGGGCAAUAGCUGUUGAUUCAGAGGAGACAAAUGCAGUAUUACAAGACGAAAAAUCAAAGCCGUUAUUGUUUAAUAAUCUCUCAGACAUUCACGAAACGCUUCUUAGAAACAUUGACGAACUCAGUCCAAAUGAACGUGAAAUGCCCCUGUUAUCUCCACCUUGUUUUACCAUUUGUGAUGACACUAUUUUGUUGAAUAAGGAUAGUUCUCAAUCCCAGUGUGAAACUAAUAGCCUCCAACUAGAUAAAGAAGAUAAAGAAGUUGAGAUCCCAAGGAUAAUGACAGCAACGACAGUGGGAUCUUUGCCGCACGUGCGAACGGGCAAUGUCAGUCGUACUGCGAAACUUUUUGAAACCGAGGAUGUAUCAUUAGUACUCCAGCAUUCGUCUAGUCGAGUGAAUUUACCUUCUAUAGGCGCACGACCGCCAAAUGACAGAAUUCGCAAAGCCUUCGAAUUUUGGAAUAAAUAGCAGUGAAAUUAAUUCAGCCAUUUUUUAAAUAACGAAAAGUCCUGUCAGAUAUUUCUGGAAAUUUAUUUUAAGUGAAUGUUUGUAAUAGAAAAAAAAGUAUUAUAUAUUUGAUUUAAUCUGGAGCUCUCGACACUUAACAAAUCCCCAAAUCAAUAAAAAUCAUGAACCGAGUGGUCAUAAGGAAAUUUUAAUGUUAAUGACAAUAAACGAGAAGAGAAAAUUA